CGAGAGCCGCAUGUGGCAGUGCAACGAGUGUUGGUUUGCGUACAACGCGUGGUGGGCGCGCUGCUGUGACGUGUGUCGCAGUGGCAGGCCCCCGCAUGCACCCGUCACCCUAGCAUCCAGGGAUGUACUUGAUGGACCGCAUAACAACACACGUCCGACCAAUCAGAGCUCAGAAGCGAGCGGUAGCAGUAAGGUGGAGAUGUCGAGGGAGCCGAAGAAGCUGACGGUGCCCAUAGCUUCGUUAGACCAUGACUUGAACAGUGACGAACUGUUGUUUGCUGUUGAUUCGACUCCUGCGCCGCCGGCCCCGGUGGUGACGUGGUCGUGUACGCGGUGUACGCUAGUGAACGAGUCCACGGCCGCCGCCUGCGCAGCCUGCGCGGGGUCUAGACCGCAACCACAUAACUUUUGGUCAUGUAGUUCAUGUACACUGCAGAACCCGUUGUCAGCGAACCUCUGCCUCGCCUGCAAGACUCCGCCUGUACCCAAACAUGGACUCACUGUACCGACUAGUGAAUCUAAUCAAGGUGCCUCGGGCCGAAGUCCGUCUCCCCGCCGCGGUCGCAACACCCCGGCGUUGCCUCGACGUGGUUCUCGACACAAGACACCGCCGCCAGAGCCCAAAUAUGUUAAUCUCAGACCAGAGCCAUCCGAGUGGCCGUGUUCGGAGUGUACGUACGUGAACAACGUGUCGGUCGCGUGCUGCGACAUGUGCCAGUCCCCGCGGGCCCGGCUACUGCCCGCCGCGCCCGACCAGGCCUCGCUCGACGACGACGACUCGCCGGAAGGUUCAGACGGCGAGAGACAAGAGAGUACUCCAAUGGAGAUCCUGCGCCUGAGCGAGGAGAGUCACGCCUGGACGCAGUGGCAGGAAGUACUGGCGCAGUGUGCCUCGACGGGAGAACCAUACGUGGACUCGUCGUUCCCAGCGUCAGCUCGGUCCCUGUACUACAGCGGGGGGGCGGAGGCCGGGGCUGCGGCACGGUGGCUGCGUCCCCAUCAGAUACAUGUCGAGGCAGACCACAGACUGCCCUGGGUCGUCUUCCGGGACCCUAGGCCUUCUGAUAUAUCGCAAGGCGUGCUGGGCAACUGCUGGCUGCUGUCUGCGCUGGCGGUGCUGGCGGAGCGGAGCGCGCUGGUGCGCGGCGCCGUGGUGCGCGGGGAGCCGGCGCUGGGCGCCUACCAGCUGCGGCUCUGCAAGGACGGCCGCUGGCUCACCGUCACCGUCGACGACCUCCUGCCCGCCAACAAGAAGGGACACCUCGUCUACUCGCAGGCAAAAAGAAAACAGCUGUGGGUACCAUUAAUAGAGAAAGCUGUUGCUAAACUACACGGGUGCUAUGAGGCUCUAGUGUCGGGGAGAGCUAUUGAAGGUCUGUGCACGCUGACGGGAGCCCCAUGCGAGUCAGUGUCCCUGCAGGCGGGCGGCGCGGGCGGCGCGGGGGGCGGCGCGCCCCUGGAGCAACUCGACAGGGACCUCGUCUGGGCACAGCUACUGUCGUCACGGCAGGCCUGCUUCCUGAUGGGGGCCAGCUGUGGGGGAGGGAAUAUGAAGGUGGACGAAGAAGAAUACCAGCGCCUAGGCCUCCGCCCCCGGCACGCGUACUCCGUGCUGGACGUGGCGGAGCUGUCGGCGGGCGGCGCGGCGCCGACGCGCCUGCUGCGCCUGCGCAACCCGUGGGGGCACUACACGUGGCGCGGCGCCUGGGCGGCCGGCUGCGCGCGCUGGACGCCCGCCGCGCGCGCCGCGCUCACGCAGCACCACCACGACAAGGACCAGGGGGUCUUCUGGAUCAGCUUCGACGACGUGCUCAAGUACUUCGACUGCAUAGACAUAUGUAAAGUGCGUGUAGGAUGGCACGAAGUCCGCCUGGCGGGUAUAUUGCCCCCAAUGUCCUCAACACGGCAUCUUACCUGUCUACUUCUCACUGCCAGCCAACCCACUGAAGUAGACUUCACUCUCUUUCAAGAAGGACAGAGGAAUUCAGAGAAAAGUCAGCGCUCACAGUUGGAUCUGUGUGUCGUUGUGUUCCGGACGAAGUCGGGACCGAACGCGCAAGUCGGGAAACUUGUUGCGCAUAGUAAACGACAGGUGCGAGGCUUCGUGGGGUGCCACAAGAUGUUAGAGAAAGGCUUCUACCUGGUGGUGUGCCUGGCGUUCAACCACUGGCACACGGGGCUGGAGGCGGCGGGGCGCGGCGCCUGGCCGCGCCACGUGCUGGCCGCGCACUCCAGCAAGCCGCUGGCCGUGGCGCGCCCCGCGCUGCACCCGCAUCUACUGGCCGACGCCAUCAUCGGCCUCACCCUCGCCCGCGGACAGAGGCACGAAGGCCGACAAGGCAUGACUGCGUAUUAUCUUACUAAGGGCUGGGCUGGACUAGUAGUAAUGGUGGAAAACAGACACACAGACAAAUGGAUCCAUGUGAAGUGUGAUUGCCAGGAGAGUUACAACGUCGUGUCUACUCGGGGUGAACUGAAGACUAUCGACUCUGUACCUCCACUGCAUAGACAAGUAAUAAUAGUUCUAACUCAGUUAGAAGGUAGCGGGGGCUUCAGUAUAGCGCAUCGACUGACACAUCGUUUAGCCGCAGGGGCCCGGCUGCAGGACUGGGCCCCUCACAACUCCCACAGCGAGGACGAGCCCAGACACAGGCCCCCGCUCGCUCGCCGACUCUACGGACUUCAUGCACCCCGACUUAUCACAUAGAACUUUUUAAUAGGAAGCUAGAACUUCGUAACAGGUUUUUAUUGAAAUGGAUUUUUUGUGUUUGUCGUCUGAUGUUUUGCGAGGGUUAAAUGAUAUUGGGAUGUUUUCAACACAUUGGUCGAUUUCAAUACCUUUUUUUGUGAUAAUUUUGCCAUGAUAUUCUGUGAAAUGUCAUAUUUUAAGUUGCCUCAGGUGAGUGAUUUGAUUUUGUCUAUCUGUCAUAAAUUCGCCAACUAGAAAAAUUGAGAUCGUUGUCAAACCAAAAAUAUGUUUUUAUAAUAACUAUCGUGAGACAUACUAAAUUAAGUAAAAUC